AUGGAUCCCCGGCGCAGUGCUCAGGAAGUCCUACUGUGUGACCUCUGUGAAACUGUCCCCCUACAGAUUCACUGUGGAGUUUGUAAUAUAAAUCUAUGCAAAGCCUGUGUUGGGGAGCACCUCUCCGAUUCCUCUAAACAACACAAUAUCAUGCCCUAUUUGCAAAGAAAGUCUACUCCUAACUACCCGAACUGUCCGCACCACGCCAAUGAAGACUGUAAACAUCACUGUGAGAAAUGUGAUAUUCCUGUCUGUAUUACCUGUAUAUCCUCCGGUAAACACAAAGGUCACGAAUUAGUAGAAUUUCUGGAGAAAGUCCGCGCUAAAACACAAAAUUUGCAAUAUGAUUUGGAGGAACUCGAGAUAAGAAUUUACCCGCGAUAUGAAGAAAUGGCGUCCAAUGUCCAAACUGAAAAAGCCAAAAUAGAAACGAAUUAUGGGAUAUUGACCACAGCUGCGGAACAAGAAGUGGAACCUCGCUAA